AUGUCGACUAUAGAGGAUGACCCGAAGGUGUUUCAGGGCAUGCCUAAUGAAGAUGCCCGUCUGGAGAAUUUGGGAUAUGAGCAAGAGCUCAAGAGAUCUUUUGGUCUCGUGAGUAUGAUUGGAUUUAGUUUCAGUGUGGUAACAUCAUGGACGGCAUUGAGUGGUGUAUUCAUCGUCGGCGUGACUUCCGGCGGUCCUCCUGUUAUGAUCUUCAGUUUCAUUGGUGUCAGUCUGUUAACAUUAGCUGUCGCCAUUCCUAUGGCAGAGAUGUGUUCGAUGUACCCUGUGGCGGGUGGUCAAUAUUCAUGGGUCGCGGCACUGGCUCCUCCCAGUAUAGCUCGAGGUCUUUCUUACGUGACUGGAUGGUUCAUGUUGAUUGGUCUAUUGGCUAUGGGUGCCACAAAUAACUCGAUUGCCUCGAACUUUGUUCUCGGCAUGGCCAACCUGAUAUUCCCCGAAUUCGAAAUUCAAAGAUGGCAAACUGUCCUAGUCGCCUACCUCGUCGCAUUCCUCUCAGCCGCCGUGAACCUCUGGGGUUCCCAUUUACUCCACCGAAUCUCAAAAGCGAUUUUGAUUUGGAACGUUGCAUCAUUUGUUAUCGUUACAGCCACUAUCCUCGCCACAAACGAUCACAAGCAGCCAGCAUCCUUUGUAUUCCAGGAUUUCCAGAACGGAACUGGAUUUGGAUCCGGCAUGGCCGCUAUUAUCGGUGUCUUACAGGCUUGCUUCGGUAUGUGCUGCUACGAUGCCCCGUCACAUAUGACAGAGGAAAUGAAAUCGGCCUCGAAAGAAGCGCCUAAGGCCAUUGUUCUCGCCGUUGUACUCGGUGCAGUCACUGGACUCAUUUUCCUUGUUUCUCUCUGCUUCUGCAUCGGUGAUAUCGAAUCGACAGCUGGCACGAGUACCGGUGUACCCGUUAUUCAGAUUAUCUAUGAUUCCACAGGAAACAAAGCUGCUACUGUUAUCUUGUCAAGUUUAAUAUCAGUCAUUGUCAUCGUGGCUGGAAACAACAUUCUUGCUGAAGGCUCGCGUGCUGCGUAUGCCUUUGCCCGAGAUAAUGGUCUGCCUUUCUCCAAGUUCUUUAGCAAGGUCGAGAGCAAGUCUCACGUCCCUGUCAAUGCUGUGCUUCUCACUCUUGCUGUGCAACUUGCGCUUGGUGCUAUUGAGUUUGGUACAACCACUGGGUUCCAGACUGUUAUUGCUAUCUCGACCGAAGGAUUUUAUCUAUCAUAUGCAAUGGCACUUAUCAGUCGCCUGGCUGGAUACUUUUUCGGCCAUGUAACUAAGCUCGACGGGCCCUACUCUUUCUCCGUGCCAGUCUCUAUCGCUCUCAACAUCAUCGGACUCCUGUUCCUUCUCUUCGCCGCCAUUACCUUCAACUUUCCGAGCACAAACCCUGUUGAUCAGCAAUCUAUGAACUAUACCAGUGCUGCUGUUGGUGUUAUUGGCGUUAUCAGUUUUAUCACCUGGAUUACAACGGGUCGCAAGCAAUUCUCUGGCCCUGGUGGUGUGAGCUUCUUAAGUGGACAGAAUACCGCACAAGAGGUCACCGCAGCAGAUGCACCGGUGGCCGAGAAGAAAAGUUGA